AUGUCGCUAGAAUGGGAAAAUGUGACGAAGGAUCUCCAUCCAUGGCUUAGGGAUGCUGUUGAAGCUCUCGGGUUUUCCCUGAUGACUCCAGUUCAAGCUUCCACCAUACCUCUUCUUAGUGGAAAUAAGGACGUUGUGGUACAAUCAGUCACAGGUUCGGGAAAAACAUUGGCGUUUGUGAUUCCGGUCUUGCAACACGUGUCACGUAUUUUAUAUGGUAUACCAGAGAAGGAUGUUGAGCCCACAUCUUUGAAAAAGAGCACUUUAUGUGCUGUGGUACUUUCGCCAACUAGAGAAUUGGCCUUCCAGAUAAAGGCCGUUUUUGACCAGCUCAUCGCAAAUAUCCCUGAUUCCCUAAGCAGCAUCAAAACACAACUUGUUGUGGGCUCGCUCAACAGUACUAGGGAGGAUAUCGAUAGCUUUAAUCAAGCAAAACCACACAUCGUGAUUGGCACUCCAGGAAGAGUGUUGGAUUUCCUAUCAACGCCUAAAAUAUCCGCAGUUCAUGUCGAGGUUGUUAUACUUGACGAGGCUGAUAGACUACUCGACCAGUCUUUCGAGACUGAUGUAAUCUCAAUACUCAGACAUUUGCCAAAGCAGCGGCGAACAGGCCUAUUUUCGGCUACUUUAUCUGCCUCGGGUGAUCGGAUUUUCAAAACGGGUAUGUUGAAUCCCGUUAAAGUGGCUGUUCAAUCGAAGCUGUCCGUUGCAGCCGCACCAGCCUCUCUUACCAUGAAGUAUAUUGUGGUGAAACCAGAGCAAAAGCUUACCACAUUCAUCAAACUUGUGCAAAACUAUAACUUCAAAAAGUGUAUGGUAUAUUUUCCUACAUGCUUGUCUGUCAAAUACUUCCAUCAAUUGUUGCAAUUGUGCCUGCUGGUGGAUAAGACCGGGCUUGAAAAUGUCAAAUUCUACUCAUUGUUUGGCCAGUUAUCGACCACAGCUCGUCUUCGAACACUCAAAGCUUUCACCGAUGGUGAUUCUAUGAGUAAAAAGCAUGUUUUGUUGACAACGGAUGUUGCAGCGAGGGGAAUUGAUAUUCAAGAUGUUGACCUUGUAAUUCAACUUGAUCCACCAAAUGAUCCCGAUGUUUUCUUGCACAGAGCAGGAAGAACGGGAAGAGCAAAUAAAGUGGGCAAUUCCAUCGUUUUUCUCAAUGACGGUGGAAACGAGAUAAAUUAUGUUGAUUUCAUGGAGGUCAAAGGAGUCUUUUUGAGUGAGAUCCCCCUUGAACUAGACGCGGCCUUUCAUGAAAAGUUUUACAAGGAAGUGGAGCGCUUCAUGCUAUCCGAUAGAUCUCACCAUGAAUUGGCAGUCAAAGCUUAUGUCGCAUUCGUCAAAAGUUACCUGAAGCAUCUUGCAAAAUCAAUCUUCAGGAUACAGUCUCUCGAUUUCCUAGGAUUAGCGAAAAUGCAUGGAUUAUUGAGACUUCCCAAAAUGCCAGAAACACGUUACAUCCCUCAGGACCUUAUGCCCAUCGAUGGAUGGCUCACUGACAAUCCUUUGGACAUGGACAAAUAUGCAUACGCUGAUUCUGCCAAAGAGAAGUCCAGACUUGAGUCCUUGGAGGAAAAUAAACAGAAAAUGAUUAAGGACGCAAAAGAAAGAAAGCGCCUUUCCAAGCAGAAUAAGUCCUGGUCGUCCAAGCUUGACUCUAAGGAACUAAAGUCGGAAAGAAAUGAGCGUCUCAAACGAAAACGGGAAGAGAUCGAAAAGCAAUUAUUGGAGGAGCCCUCAGAUGAAGAAGAGCUCGCGGUUGAUUGGAAGGACAUUGUGCGACAGAAUAAGAAGAACAAAAAGUCUUCAGGGAUGCAAGGAGAAUUUGAUGAUCUAUAA